GCGUGUAACGGCUGCGCGUCCUGAGCAGGGAGGCGGGCGGCACCGCGCUGUGUGUCGCGGCUGUCAGCGGCUGGGAAAGCUGCGAGCUUCGAGCUGGGUCUGCGGCCCGGGGUGGCCCUCCCAGCCCGGACAGUGUGUGCUGCUGUGUGUUCGUACUGGAGAGAGAAAAAAACAGCCGGCUUGGAAGGACGCUGAGAGCAAGGUGAGGUUCCUUUUGUUUGAAGAUGCCGCUCUUUGGGAAAAUUAUUAUCAUUAAACGGAAUGGGACUGACGGCAUUUAUUUUCCACUCACUGCCAGCUCGUGUUUAUUUGGAAGGAGAACAGAAUGUGAUAUUCGCAUCCACUUGCCUCAGGUCUCAAAAGAACACUGUAAAAUUGAAGUAAAUGAGAACAAGGAGGCAAUAUUGACAAAUUUAAGUACAGUAAAUCCCACACAGCUGAAUGGUGAUUAUUUCCAACAACCUGUACCUCUGAAACAUGGGGAUGUGCUAACUAUUAUCGAUCGUUCUUUCAGAUUUGAAUAUCCUCUCCAAUCAACUCCAAAGAAGAGAAGAUCUAGAUCUCCAAAAGAUGAAACACUGCAGGUUCUUCAUGUUCAGCAGGUGGCAGAAGUGGAGCUGUUAUGCAAACAAACUUCAGGAUCUAAAAGUCUUUGUUCUUCAGAUAAUGCAGAGGGCAAAGAACAAAACACGGAUGAAAAUAAACAAAGCAAGGAGGAAAACUUUUCCAAAGCCGUGCCAGCUAAGCCUCAAACACUCAAGUCUUGCAAAAUACAAGAACCUGCUAAAAAGGAAAAUGAGAUGUCUCCUUUUAGUAAACUCUAUGAAAAGCUGAAACGUGAGGUUAAAGGGAGAAAACUUCUACAAGAAGGAAAUUUACUUCAGAAAACUGGAAAAGAAGAUGGGAAGGGUGUUCUGCUAGAACAGAAUGCUCCAGUUCCUUCAAGUUGUGUUUAUGAACUGGGAAACACAACUAAAGGAAAAGGAAUAAGCAUAAAUGAAAAUACUGAAGAACGUAAAAUUAAUCAAGAUGUAGUCAGUUCAGAGUUGAGUCAGAGCUCAACUGUAGGAAGUGCUACCAGGAAGAGUCUUACCAAAGCUCCUCAAACUUCUGUUUCAAAGGAGAUGACAGAAGAUAAUGGUAAGGGAAGUCAUUUGCAAGAUCAUAAGGAAUUAAAACCGAGAGGUCCUGAAGUUACACCCAAGGCCCAUAAGGAGAAUGAUGGAAAUGCAGCAUGUUCACUGAAGCCUUGCUUGAUUUAUGUGGAUAAAAUCAACAGCUCUGCAGUAACAGUUGAUAAACUAACACAACCAGCUAAUGUGACAAAUGUUUCAGAAGGUGAUAAAAAUGUUCUGUCUACACCAAGGCCCAGAAGGAAGAGUCUUCGGUCUGGUUUCAUGUCACCUGCCAAAGAAGUGCGUGGUACAGAUCCUGUAAGUACUGGGACUCCAGCAACUCGAGGAGAUGUGUUGUUGGAACAUGAGUCUCUGUCAGCAAUUUCAGCUGAUAAUCAAGGGGAAGACGGAGCGUGCAGAAAUGGUAGCUUCCAACAACUGCCUUUGGCAGAAAAUAAGUGCUUAAAACAGAGACGAAAUAGUAAACAACUUACGCCAGGAAAAUCAGAGAAAGAAGAAGCACUGACAGAAAUCUGUAAUCAGACAAACAUUAACUUGAAAAAGAGAGAUUCUGGGUCUCCUGCAGCAUCUAAGAGUCCCAGAAGAAAAAGCAGGCAAAGUAAAGAGUUAACAAGCAAAAGCAUCCAUUCAGAAACAUCAACUGCAGAAGAGUUCACAUCAGAGCUUGCAUCUCCUGCUAGUCAGAAAUCUGGCUCAGGAAGAAAAAGGGGAAGGACAAGGACCUCUGGACAGUUAACUGAAAAAGCAUUGGAGACAAAUGCAGUUCAAGAACACAACGAUGAGACUACAGACAGAAAAGACAGUGAAGGUAAACAAGAGCUGGCCACCGAGGGAUGUCAAAAGAAACUGGAUUUGGAAGAUGCCCGUAUUCUAAGACCUCAUAGAUUAUCAUCCAAAAGGUCUUCCGGAAGUGCUACUGUACUGAAAGACAAUGAGAGCCCUUCAGAAAUAAAUACUUCUGGCCUGUCAACUGAAGAGCAACCAGAUAAGACCAAAAGGAUAUCUCAGAAGAGGACAAGUGGUGAUUUGUUACCUCAGCCUUUAGGAAAAAGAAAAAGAGUGUCUUUUGGUGGUCAUCUGAGUCCAGAACUCUUUGAUAAAAGCUUGCCUCCCAAUUCACCCCUUAAAAGAGGUGCCAUUCCUGCAAGACUGAGCUUGCCAUUUGGAAACUCGCCACGUGCUGUCCUGAAAAAGGGGCAGGGACUGAAGCACUUUGCAAUGCAGGAACUUAGUGUACAUUUGCAGAAAGAAAAAAUGUCACCAAAAAGUGUGUUGGCUCAGAAGUCCCCACCUUCCUCAUCCCUUGCUUCUGGAAAAACAACACCAACGUUUACUUUAAGCUCUCCACCACCUUACACAAAAGGACGUUUCUCUGUUUCUCAAGUAACAACUCCAUCCCCCAUUGUAGAAGAGCAGAAUGCAGGUAUGAAAGAUAUGAAUAUGGAGGAAAAAAAUGCUGACCAAGUAAGAACACCUAAAUCUGCUCAUGUUAAUGGAGAUGAGAAAACCUUUGUGACGACUACACCUAACAAAUUAACCAGAAGAUCACAACAUGCGUUGAAGAAGACUCCAAUGAAGAGGAGAAGUGGGGCUGUGGCAGUACUCGAUGCGAAAAGAAGAAGUGGUGCUUCUAGUGCCAAUUUACUAGUUGCAAAAACUUGGGCAGAAGUGGUUAAAUUAGGUGUUGCAAGACCACAGGCAAAGGCUGUCAAAAAAUGUGUUCAAAAAGGAAGACCAGCAAGGAAAAUUGCACGGACACCAAAGACACCAGAAAGAAAAACAAAAGGUCAUUUUAGUACAGGUCAUGCGGAGUCUCCUGCUACAAUUGUUGUAGGUAGAGCUUACUCCACCACAGUUCAAACAGCUGGGAAGGUCCCUAAAGUGGUAAAAAAUCCGAUCUUGAAGCAGAACAUGCGUAUGGAUGAAGACUUCACAGGACUGACUGAGAUGUUUCAAACACCAGACAAUAAGGGUGGAAAAACAUUAGCUGUGACCACUGCUCAUAAUUUUACACCAACAUUCACUGCAAUGGAGAUGUCUGAUCUGCAUACUCCUGAAGAAUCUGGAGAGAUGAUGGUGUCACCAUUAAAUGCUUCAGAUGCUUCAGAACAGAAACAGGAUUUUCAAGACAUCUCUUACUUUCUGAGGGAGAGAGAGCCUCUAAAGUCUGUGUUUGAUGCAAUAUCCACAGAAACUCCUGAUAAGAGAAAAAGUGUACUGAAAGAAGAUACUGACAUGGAUAGUGUGUCAGUAAAUCCAGAGAAACAAGUGUCUCAAGUGAGGUCACCAAAUAAAAGGAAAACUCCAAGUCAGAAGUUGGAGUCAGUUGAAGUUGUAUCAAACAUGAAGCAGCCUUUAAAGACCCCAGAGCAGAAGUUAGCACCAGCAGACACCUUGGUGGGCGUCAAGCAGCUCAUGAAGACACCAAAACAGAAGUUAGAGCUGGAAGAGUCCUUGUCAGGCAUCAAGCAGCUCAUGAAGACACCAAAACAGAAGUCAGAACCAGUAGACGUCCUGUCGGCCAUCAAGCAGCUCUUGAAGACCCCAAAGCAGAAAUUGGAACCAGCAGAGGUCCUGUCAGGUAUCAAGCAGCUCAUGAAGACACCAAAGCAGAAGUUAGAGCCAGUGGAGUCCUUAUCAGGCAUCAAGCAGCUUUUGAGGACCCCAAAGCAAAAGUCAGAACCAGCAGAGGUCCUGUCAGGCAUCAAACAGCUUUUGAGAACCCCAAAGCAAAAGUCAGAACCAGCAGAGGUCCUGUCAGGCAUCAAACAGCUUUUGAGGACCCCAAAGCGAAAGUCAGAACCAGCAGAGGUUCUAUCGGGCAUCAAACAGCUCAUGAAGACCCCGAGGGAGAAAUUGGAGCCUGUAGAGUCCUUGUCGGGCAUCAAGCAGCUUUUGAGGACGCCAAAGCAGAAGUUGGAAACAGCAGAGGCCCUGUCAGGAAUCAAGCAGCUCAUGAAGACCCCAGAGCAGAAGUUAGAGCCUGUGGAGCCCUUGUCGGGCAUCAAGCAGCUUAUGAAGACCCCAGAAGAAAAGCUGAAGCCAGCAGAGAUCCUAUUGGGCCCACAGCAAAAGUCAAAACCCAUUACAGAUGAAAAUGCAUCUGAAAAAUUGCUGGAGACUCCAAUACAAAAAAAAAAAGUAUUAAAAGAUGUGACAGGAGUUAAUUUAAUUAAGAAAACUCCAACAUUGAAAUCCCAACCAGUAGAAGACAUGAUUGGAAUCAGCCGUAUUUUCAAGACACCAAAGGAAAAAGUUAAACCCAUUGAAGAUGUUUUUGGUAUUAGUAGAUUAAUGAAGACUCCCAGAGAGAAAUCUCACCCAGUUGAUGAUUUUGUGGGUCUGAGUAGGCUGAUGGCAGAACCCAGACAGAAAAAUUCUGAGUUUGAAAUGGACUUCGUUGGAGUGAAGGAAAUAUUUGAUACACCAGAGAAAACUAAGAUCAAGUCAGUAAGUGUUAUGGAUCCUAAGCAAGAAGAUACUCUACCUCCUUCUACUCAUUGCAGUCAUGAAUACGUUUUAGAAGACAAAGGGAAUACUUCACAAGGUGAAGAUUCUCAACAGAGGAAGUCAACUAGUGAAGACCAGUCUACCCAGAGACCAACCAGAAGCAGAUUGAGGAAGACUGUACAUCCUGCUUCAAUAAAGCAGACUGAAAAGGAUUUAAAUUUAAAAGACUUGCAAGGUCUGGAGAAAAAGAGCUUCCAAGAAGAGAUGGGAGAGGUCAGAACUUCGACUUCAGUAGCUAAAAAUCUAGGAAGAGGAAGGAGAACAAAUGCUCGAGUGGUAGAAGAAAACAUUUCAAAACAUAAUGACGAGAAAAAAGUUGAAACUGUUUCAACUUUGGAAAUGCAUGUUGCUACUCAAAGACCAAGAAGAGGUAAAAGGAAAGAAGCACAGGAGUUAAAACUUCCAGAUGAGAACCUUGAGUCUUGUGGCAAAGAUUCUUCAGUGUUACAAAAAGAACCUGCAACUAUGAAACAGGCUUUGCAGGAUUUUAUCAUCAAUGACAUAUUAAUAAAAGAAGACGUUCAAAACAUGAAGGCAGAAAGUAUACCUAGUAACAGUCAAAAUGAAAAUUGUCAACUGCAAACAGAUCUUAAAAACUCUGAAAAUACAUGUAACGAAGCUAGUGCAGGAGACAGUGAAGAAAUGCUUCUACUGCCUAUGAAGAGGGCUAGAGAAGUGAGAAAAGUAGAAAACACAGAAGAACCGAUUGCACCUAAAAGAGGAAGGAGAGCUAAGAAUGACCAAUUUAAGCAAGCUUCAGAGGAGCUUCAUGCAACAACAAGGAGGCUUCGUAAACAACCAUCUGCAAAGAUGAUACAAGAGGAUGAGCAGAUUUUUGAGGCUGUUUCAGCAAAAGAAUCUGAAAACAGGAGCAAAGUUGAAAUGAAGAUAACACAAAAAAGAGUUAAGUCUUCGAGAAAUGCUACGAAACACUCGACAGAAGUAAAAUCGAACAGUUACGGGAUGGCACCUGAAAAUACACAGAACGUUCAGAAAAUCAAGGAAAUUUCGGAUGAAAUUGUUACUGAAACACAAUCACCCACCAAUAAUGAGAGGGAAGCAUCUCUGAGAGAUGAAGCUGAAAAUACUCAGGCAAAUGCAAGAGAAGCAUCUCGGAGAUUAAAAUCACAGUCACCUUCUGGAGAAACAAACAAAAUGCCAACUACUGUUCUGGUCUUGGAAUCAAACAGCACAGUGCAAGGAACAAACAGAACUAGGAGCAGGAGAGGCAAGAAGGACUCUUCAGAGCAAAAGACUGAUGAAUCUGCUAAAGAUGUAAACAGCUCAGAGCUAGUAACACUCAAAUUUAAAUCAGAAAUAGAAAUGGAGGAAUCUGCUCCCAAAAAGCCUUCAGGUUGUGUUGAUGAAAGGAAGAUAGACAAAUCUGCCACACCAGUUACUGCUGUAAACAGUGACAGUGGUGUUCAUAGCCAUCAAAAGCAGACAGAAAAUGAACAGGUUCUGAAAUCAAAGCAAACUGAAAUUCUGCAAGAGAAUCAAACACAAAACAAUGGAGCGAUGUGUAGAAGAGGUAGAAUUAGAAAAGUUAAUUUUGAACUUGAACAAACCAGUUCCAAAGCACUUGGGCAAAAAAGGAGUUCAUUUGGGGAUGAGGAAGGAAUGACUUCCAAACUUGGUCAACAAGAGACUUCAGAAAAUCCUUCUUCUCAAGUAAGGAGGAGCAGAAGAAAGCAAGUUAAUUCCAUUCCACAAGCAGCUGUUUCUACCUUUACAAAACAGCGGAUCUUAAUUGAAGAUCAUAGUAAAGAUGAGAGUUGUGUGAAAGACCAUGAUCCACCUUCGGAAGCUACUCCCUCUUCAACAGAAGGCAAUCCACUGAGACGGGGAAAAAGACGAGAGGUUGCUGUAGCAUCACAAGCGACGAGUUCUCUUUCUACCAGAAAAAAAUGUGGGUUGCAAGAAGGUGACGAUAAAAAGACGACUGUGAAAGAAGAUCAAAAUCCAGCUUUGGGAAAUGAAACUUUGCAGGCAGAGACAAAUGCAUCAGCAAGGGACAAAAGAAAAAAGAUCGAUCUAGCAGCAGAGGCAAAAAGUUCAUCUUCUCUCCAGAGGAAGUGUGGCUUGUCACAAAACAGUGAUAAAGAGGCGAAUACUAAUGAGGAACAAAAUAUGCCUUUGGAACCAGUGUCCCUCACAAAAGUGAACCCAUUAGGAAGGGGCAGGAGGAAAGAAGCUCUGGUGUCACACACAACUAAUUCAAUUUCUCUUAGAGGAAAACGUGACUUGCCAGCAAACAGUGUUAAAGAAGAGGCUCCUAAAGAGGAUAAUGUUCCAUUAGAAACUGUUGCUUCAUCUCUGAAAGAAAAUCAGCUGAGAAGAGGCAGGAGGAAUCAAAUGACCUUCUUGUCAGAAGCCACAAGUUCUGCUCAGGGAACACACAGCUUAUCAAAGGAAAGUGGUAGAAGGAAUAAUCAUAGGGAAGCUAAAAACCUGAUUUCUGAACAAUCUGCUUCCCAAGAAAAAAUGAAUUAUUCGAAAGGCUACUCAAGGAAAAAAAAUAGCACUUCACAGCCUGAUAGCUCUAGGUCUCUUCAGGGUUUGCCAGAAGAUGGUAAGGAUGAAUCUCCAGAGGAACAGCAGAGUAUGCUUCUGGAAAUAACUCCGUCUUCAGAAGAAAAUCCAUUGAGAUUGGGCAGAAAAAAAGCAGUUUGUUUCAAAUCUGAGGAUACUAGAUCCAGUUUUCUCAGGGAAAAACAUGUCUUCUGCAACAACAGAGGUCAAAAGGGAAAUCUUAAUGAGGAUGAAGGUACAUUCCUGGAAAAUAAUUCAUCCCAGGAAAACCGUAGGCAGCUGAGAAACAAGAGGGAAAAGGUAGAAUUCAAAUCAGAGGCAGCUACUUCUACUUCUCUCCAAGAUAAGGGCAACUUGCCAGAAAAUGAUAACAGUUCAGAAACUCAAAAUAAGUGUUUGGCAUCCACUGGUUCUGAAAAAAAUAAGCAGUCUACAAAGGAGGUUAGCCCUGCUCAACAGCCAGCUUCCACUUCUCGCAGAAGGAAAUGUCAAUUGCCAGCAGAUGUCUUAGCACCCAAAAAGUUAAAAUCAGAUAAUGAUGAAAAUAGAUCACCCAAAAGAGGAAGAAGAAACAAAGCCAAAGAAGAACUUGAUGGAGGAGGCAUAAAAACAACUCGGAAUCCUGGAGAAACAGACAGGAGAACAAGAUCAAGCACAAGAACAAGUGCAAGAACCAGAAAAUAGCCUUCACAGUUUCGGAAGCAAUUUUUAAAGGAAUUCAGUAAUUGAACAAGUUUUUAACAUGAAUUGAUUUGCACUCAGAUUUUAACUUCAGGUUUUGUAAAGCAAUCAUGAUGUUACGAAAGUACUUCUCUUGAUGUGUUUACAGAUACAGCAUAGAUACCUGUUCUUCGUAGAUCUGUCUGUGUAGCAGUUCUUAAACCAUGGGGUGCUUGUGCAGAAUGGCAAAUAUAAAAAUAAGUCCUUAUUAACAGUAUUUAUCCCCUUCUUCUGUUGAUCAGUACAGCAAUCAGGAAGCCAUGCUACUUUACUGCCCAUUUAAUUGUAAGCUAUUUUCUGCGUAGUUUCGGGUGCUUAAGUCUUAUUUUUUCAUUAAAGUUCUGUAAAUAUUCUUUAAAAAAGAACUAUAGAUUUAUUAGCAAAACUGCUAUGUUGAAAUGUUUUUUAAAAGAAGUUCAUUUUUCUGAGAAGAUUUGUAAUUCAUUAAAUUUGUAAACAAAUUGA